GAAGAACCAAUGGAUGAUUCUGUCUAAACAUUGAUCAACAAUGUCCACUUCUUCACCUUCAUCUUCUUCUUUCUUUGAUACCCUCUUCUACUGCGAAGAACAACAACCUGCAGAUCAUCAUCCAUGGCAGUGGCACCACCAACAGUAUUAUGAUCAUGAUUUCCUUUGGGAAGAUGAAGAACUUGUCUCUCUCUUCACCAAACAACAACAAACUCUCUCUUUUCUCCGAACAGAUCCCUCUCUUUUGAUUGCUCGGAAACAGGCUGUGGAUUGGAUCUUAAAAGUCAAAUCCCAUUUCGGAUUCAGCCAUCUUACAGCCAUCCUCUCCAUGAAUUACCUCGAUAGGUUUCUUUCCAGUCUCCAUUUCCAGAAAGAUAAGCCAUGGAUGAUUCAACUUCUUGCUGUAACUUGUCUUUCACUCGCUGCUAAAACCGAACAAACUCAAGUGCCAUCACUCCUAGAUCUUCAAGUGGAGGAGACACAGUAUAUGUUUGAGGCGAAAACCAUACAAAAAAUGGAGCUUUUGGUGAUGUCGACACUGAAAUGGAAGAUGAACCCAGUUACACCAAUCUCGUUUCUUGAUCAUAUUGUAAGAAGGCUUGGAUUAAUGAGUCAUCAUCAUCAUCAUCUCCAUUGGGAUUGUUUCUUCAAGAAAUGUGAAGAUAUCAUUCUGUCACUGGUAUCUGAUUCAAGAUUCGUGGGUUAUGAGCCAUCUGUAAUGGCCACAGCUACAAUGCUUCAUGUCAUAGAGGAAGUUGACCUUUUCAACUCUGUUGACUAUCAGAAUCAGCUUCUGGAUGUACUCAAAACCACCAAGGAGAAAGUAAAAGAUUGUUACGAAAUGAUGAUGAGGAUGAUGGAGGAAUCAUCGCAUGCAUGUUCCAUUAACCCCAAAAAGCGAAAGCUCGAAGAAGAUGACGACACCAUGAAUAGCGAACCAGCAGCUGCCAUGGAUGCCCAUUUCGGAUCAUCAUUGUCAUCAUCGUCGUCGUCAUCAUCCCGUCACCAUCAUCAUCAACAACCUCCAAACAAGAAGAUGCAACAGCAGAAGCUUGGUUUUGCUUCGAUAAGUUGCAUAGCAUUCGUUGACGUGGCUUCUAGUCCUCGUUAAUUGUAUGUAACGGUCGUUCAAGUUUAUUUAUGAAGUAGGUUUUGCUUAAAUUCGCAUGAAAUUGAGACUGCUCGACUUCAUAAGCAAAUUCACAAUGAAGCAUGAACGUAGUAUUUU